AUGGCCGAGCUGGGAAACCAUGACAUAGAUGCCAUGACCUAUAAUGAUGUGCAUAUCAACUUCACUCAGGAGGAGUGGGCAUUGCUGGAUCUUUCACAGAAGAAUAUCUACAAAGAUAUGAUGCUGGAGACAUAUAUGAACCUCACUACUAUAGGAUACAAUUGGGGAAAUCUUGAAGUUGAAGAACAUUGUCAAAGCUCUCAAAGACAUGAAAGACCUGAAAGAAGUCAAACUGGAGAGAAACCAUAUGAAUGUAAUCAAUGUGGUAAAGCCUUUCCUCAUCAUAGUACUCUUCAUUUGCAAAAAAGAAGACAUACUAGAGAGAAACUCUAUGAACAUAAUCAGUGUGGGAAAGCCUUUGCACAACACAGUACUUUUCAAGUGCUUGAAAGUACAGAUAUUGGAGAGAAACUGUAUGAAUGUAAUCAGUGUGGUAAAGCCUUUGCUCAAAACAGUGUUCUUCAAAGGCAUGAAAGAACACACAGUGGAGAGAAACCCUAUGAAUGUAAACAGUGUGAUAAAUCCUUUGCACAUAACAGACAUCUUCAAAGGCAUAUAAGAACACACACUGGAGAGAAACUAUAUGAAUGCAAUCACUGUGGUAAAGCCUUUGCAGAUAAUAGUCAUCUUCAAAGGCAUGAAAGAACACAUACUGGAGAAAAACCUUAUGAAUGCAAUCACUGUAGUAAAGCCUUUGCAGAUCAUAGUCACCUUCAAAGGCAUGAAAGAACACACACUGGAGAGAAAUCCUAUGAAUGUAAACAGUGUGAUAAAUCCUUUGCACAUAACAGACAUCUUCAAAGCCAUAAAAGAACACAUACUGAAGAGAAACCCUAUGAAUGCAAUCACUGUGGUAAAGCCUUUGCAGAUUAUAGUCAUCUUCAAAGGCAUGAAAGAACACAUACUGGAGAGAAACCUUAUGAAUGCAAUCAUUGUGGUAAAGCCUUUGCAGAUCAUAGUCACCUUCAAAGGCAUGAUAGAACACAUACUGGAGAGAAACCCUAUGAAUGUAAACAGUGUGAUAAAUCCUUUGCACUUAACAGACAUCUACAAAGGCAUAAAAGAGCACAUACUGGAGAGAAAACCUAUGAAUGCAAUCACUGUGGUAAAGCCUUUGCAGAUCAUGUUCACCUUCAAAGGCAUGAAAGAACACAUACUGGAGAGAAACCCUAUGAAUGCAAUCACUGUGGUAAAGCCUUUGCAGAUCAUAGUCACCUUCAAAGGCAUGAAAGAACACAUACUGGAGAGAAACCCUAUGAAUGCAAUCACUGUGGUAAAGCCUUUGCAGAUCACAGUCACCUUCAAAGGCAUGAUAGAACACAUAUUGGAGAGAAACCCUAUGAAUGCAAUCACUGUGGUAAAGCCUUUGCAUAUUAUAGUCAUCUUCAAAGGCAUGAAAGAAUACAUACUGGAGAGAAACCUUAUGAAUGCAAUCAUUGUGGUAAAGCCUUUGCAGAUCAUAGUCACUUUCAAAGGCAUAAAAGAACACAUACUGGAGAGAAACCCUAUGAAUAUAAACAGUGUGAUAAAUCCUUUGCACAUAACAGACAUCUUCAAAGGCAUAAAAGAACACAUACUGGAGAGAAAACCUAUGAAUGCAAUCACUGUGGUAAAGCCUUUGCAGAUCAUAGUCACCUUCAAAGGCAUGAAAGAACACAUACUGGAGAGAAACCCUAUAAAUGCAAUCACUGUGGUAAAGCCUUUGCAGAUCAUAGUCAUCUUCAAAGGCAUGAUAGAACACAUACUGGAGAGAAACCCUAUGAAUGCAAUCACUGUGGUAAAGCCUUUGCAGAUCACAGUCACCUUCAAAGGCAUGAUAGAACACAUAUUGGAGAGAAACCCUAUGAAUGCAAUCACUGUGGUAAAGCCUUUGCAGAUUACAGUCACCUUCAAAGGCAUGAAAGAACACAUCCUGGAGAGAAGCCCUAUGAAUGUAAUCUGUGUGGUAAAGCCUUUGCAGAUCACAGUAAUUUUAAAACACUUGAAAUAACACAUACUGGAAAGAAACCCUAUGAAUGUAAUCUGUGUAAUAAAGCCUUUGCAUAUCACAGUUAUCUUCAAAUACAUAAAAGGAGACAUACAGGAGAGAAACCCUAUAAAUGUAACCAAUGUGUUAAAGCCUUUGCACAACACAGAUAUCUUCAAAGCCAUAAAAGAAAGCAUACUGGAGAGAAACCAUAUGAAUGUAAUCAAUGUAGUAAAGCCUAUGAACAUCAAAUUCCCUCAAGCCCUCCCACCACAGAUGAUCACUUUGAUUUAGAAGCUCUCCAUAUUUUGAUCAAAAGUCACAGCCUUACCCCAGCUCAUUAA